AUGAUUCAGGAUCCCGAGUCCGAAGUUGGCACAGCACCCUCGUCACAGACAGAAGCACGUUCCAAUUCUGCCCGGGUAAACCCAGUGAGUCGCGUGCCGGGACGAACCCCCUUCUUCCACUGCGUCCUCCAAUCUGCUUGGGAUCCCACCACUUCAAGUCGAUACGGUGGGAUAAUGUCCCCAAGAUAG